AUGCCUACCACCGAAGAAUUGAAGCAUGUAGGCUUCAACGCCGAGAGAGACCUUAAUUCCCACCAGGCCAAGCAAGGCCGCAGCAGAAAGAGUGACUCAACUGUCGAGUCUGGUGUUGAUGAGAUGGUCGACCAGCGAUUCUCUCAGCCCACAAGUGUCCAGUAUGGCGCUGGCUCAACUGCCUCCGGCAGCGACCACCGCGUGAUUCUCGAUGAAGAGGGUGGUGUUUGUGAUGACCGCAACAGACUCGCUAGGGCAAAUCAGUUCGAAGGCCCUGGCGGCCCGAGAGACUGA